UGGCUGGGUUGCUGUCAAAGAUCCCAAUCUGCAGAAGCGUAAGCUCUCUUCCCUGGCUGGACCUUCCUGGGAGAUACUGAGAAGGCAUAAGCUCACAACAGCUUCCUCGUGAGGUAAGAAGAGACUGACCAGAGCAACAUCAUGAGGCAUGAAGGGCACCCUACCAACAACACGCUGGUGAGCACCAACUUUGCUGCAAUAUACAGCCACUUCGACAGAGACUUUUCCUUGUAUCCAAACUACACUUUCCCCUUCAACUUCAGCUACAAUGAUUAUGAUCUACCCCUGGACGACGGCGAUGAUGUGACCAAGACCCGCACUUUCUUUGCCGCCAAGAUCGUCAUCGGUGUGGCGCUGGUGGGUAUCAUGCUGGUCUGUGGCAUCGGCAACUUUGUCUUCAUCGCCGCUCUGGCCCGAUAUAAGAAGCUGCGCAAUCUCACCAACCUUCUCAUUGCAAACCUGGCUAUCUCUGACUUCAUUGUGGCCAUCGUCUGCUGCCCCUUUGAGAUGGACUACUAUGUGGUCCGGCAGCUGUCAUGGGAGCAUGGCCAUGUGCUCUGCGCCUCGGUCAACUACUUGCGCACCGUCUCACUCUACGUCUCUACCAAUGCGCUCUUGGCGAUUGCUGUGGACAGGUACCUCGCCAUCGUUCACCCACUGAAACCCAGGAUGAACUACCAAACAGCAACCUUUCUGAUUGCCGUUGUCUGGAUCGUCUCUCUAAUCGUUGCCAUCCCAUCUGCGUAUUUUGCGACGGAAACAGUAUUAUUCAUGAUCAAAAACCAAAAGAAAAUUUUCUGUGGCCAGAUUUGGCCUGUUGACCAGCAGAUCUAUUACAAAUCCUACUUCCUCUUCAUCUUUGGCAUCGAGUUUGUCGGACCCGUUCUCACCAUGACCCUCUGCUAUGCCAGGAUCUCACGGGAACUUUGGUUCAAAACAGUCCCGGGCUAGACGGAACAGAUCCGGAAGAGGCUCCGUUGCCGGAGGAAAACAGUGCUGGUGCUGAUGUGUAUCCUGACGGCCUACGUCCUCUGCUGGGCACCUUUCUACGGAUUCACAAUCGUCCGUGAUUUUUUCCCCAGGUUUGUGAAAGAGAAGCAUUACCUUACCCGCCUUUACAUAGUGGAAUGCAUAGCCAUGAGCAACAGCAUGAUAAACACCAUGUGCUUCGUAACUGUAAAGAACACCACCAUAAAGUACUUCAAGAAGAUCAUGUUGCUCAGGUGGAGGUCCACCUACCAUGGAGCCAAGUCUAGCGUAGAUACCGACAUCAGAACUAGCGCCAUGCCUGUGACAGAGGUGGAUUGCAUUAGGCUAAAGUGAAAUUUGGGCAGAAAUCUCCUCACAGCAAAGAUUCCUUUUGGUGUGUGGCCUCAUGAUUUCAUCUGACUUUCUUUUCUUUCUUCGGAUGGGCAGAAGAACUUUCCAUGUUCUCUUAGGCUAGUGGUGUCCAAACUUUUUUUCAAAGAGGGCCAGAUU